ACGUUGAUCCUCGUUGAUACACCGGUAUUCCGGUCCGAAUGCAACCUCUUCAAUGUCCACUCCCGUUGUAACUGUAUACUACGGUUCCCUCAUCAAUCCCACUACACUUACGACCUACGAAGCAACAGCGAGCUGUUUACUUGCUGUUAAUGCUCAAGGAAACAUCGAUUGGAUUGUUCACGAUGUCAAAGACUCUUCCAUCCAGGAAACAUUGCUUCAGAAAGGUUUGUUGAAUACAGAUGUUGAAAUCGUCGCGCUACAAGAAGGUCAAUUUAUUAUGCCCGGAUUCGUGGACACGCACACACAUGCUCCUCAAGUACCCAAUCUUGGAACAGGAUAUCAAUCCGAGCUUCUGGACUGGUUAGAGAAGUUCACUUUUCCACUGGAAUCUAAGUUCCAAGAUGUUGGGUUUGCGAAAGAAGUCUAUCCUUCCAUCGUCAAAAAAUUCAUUGCUACAGGAACCACAACGUGUUGCUACUACGGCACACUUCAUCUUGAAUCUAACAAAGUGCUGGCUGACAUCGUUCAUUCAUUAGGACAACGGGCUUUAAUCGGCAAAUGCAAUAUGGACCGCCACUGCCCCCCGUACUAUAUCGAAUCAUCACCUAGCAGUUCUAUUUCCAACACUCAGGCCUUUAUUUCAUACGUUCGCUCUCUUCCCCCGGGUCCUUCAAAUGAGCCCCUCAUCUAUCCGGUCCUCACCCCUCGCUUCGCCAUAUCCUGCUCCAACGAACUGUUAUCCUCUCUCAAAUCCAUUGUUCAUUCCGAUACCCAGCUUCAUAUCCAAACACACAUUGCAGAAAACCUCAAAGAGGUCGAGUUCACGAAAGAAUUAUAUCCGGAUGUCGAACACUACGCCGGAGUGUAUGAUUCGUACGGAUUGUUGAGGACUAAUACGAUUUUGGCACAUGCGGUGUGGUUGGAGGAGAAGGAAAUUGACCUAGUGAAGGAAAGGAAGGCGGGGAUUAGUCACUGUCCGACGAGUAAUUUCAACCUGAGGAGUGGUGUGGCUCCGAUUGGGAAAUACCUAGAUCGAGGUUUGAAGGUUGGGCUAGGGACAGACGCUUCUGGAGGCUUCUCACCUUCGAUGCUUGUCGCCAUGCGGAAUGCCAGCAUAGCAUCCACUGUUGUCGCUUUGCAGAACAAUCCCACCAACACUCCCGCCGAUGAAGGCAAAUUCAUCAAUCGCCAGCUUCCUCUCGCGACGCUGCUUUACCUCGCGACGAAGGGCGGAGCGGAAGUCUGUGUGCUGGAUAAGCAGAUCGGGUCCUUGGAACCGGGAAAAAGUUUCGAUGCGUUGAUAGUGGAUGUGCGCACUAGUGAUUCUGCAACAGCAACCAAGAAUCCCAACCCAGCAUUAUGGAAUAUCCCAGCUGCAUCUCCUAUCUCGAGUUUGUCACCCCAAGCCGUCUUGGAAGGGAUGCUCGAGAGAUUCAUCUUUUGCGGCGACGAUAGGAAUAUAUCUGCGGUGUAUGUCCAAGGAAAGUUAAUCGGAGGAACUAAGGCUUAUACCUGAUGGUAAGAUAUAUCUCAGUCAUUUACUCGGGAUCUUCAAAUUGCUUCGCAUAAUGGGAUACCACGGUAUAGAAUACUAUAGUAUGCUAGGAGGUAUUAGUAGAUUUACACUUUCUUGUAACCUUGUGCCGAUUAUAGCAGUUCGACGUCCCCUCGCACCAGAAGCUGUUCGAUGAAUGAGAAGGGCAUUAAAGAUAUAUGACCACGCUUCAUCUCCAGAGUUAGAUCCUCAUGGAAACGUAUAGGAGGACAGUCUCGCAAAGCAUGGACAAAUACAGCCCGGCUAUCGUCGGGUUUAGUGACUAUGAAAGAUAAGAGGACCAGGAGGAGAGGAAUAAGGAAAAGGAAGAAAACAAUCAGGCGGUGAGAAUUAAAGAGGCGAAAAUGACAAACUCAUGGGAG